UUAAAUCAUCUGCUGUCGUUAGAUUUAUCCCGGACAUGGCCAGAUUUAUUGCCCUGUAUGCAAUAGGCCUACUUAUCUUUGUGUGCUAAUUCUUUGGCCGAAAACGAUUUUCUUUAAAAGACAAGGGUUUAAAUUUUCUGUCUAUAAAACCGACUAUGGUGUGGGCAGCCCUUUUCAGGUCAAACAAUAGUAGAUGGGAGCCAGUCUCAAACACAGAUGACCAUGAUGAAACUGGAAUGGAUGAUCUUAUGAGGAUGGCCAGUGGCCAGUAUCAGGAGAAUGAAAGCACAGAACAAAGACUUUUAAACGACAGUUGCAGUCAGAACCUUGAUGAAGCUGUCUUUCAACAAGCACAAACCUCAGUGUCUUCUCAACAAUCACGAUCAUCAUCAUCACCAUCAAUGCUAAAAUUUCCACAGUGCAGAUGGUACUUCAUCCUGUUAUCCAUCUUUACACCAUUGGCCUUCAUCGGCCUGAAUGUUGGGCUUGGCUAUUAUGGCAUCUUUGUCUAUAAGCCUGAACUUCUUGUGAUAGACAAGUCUGUCAAAUCAUUCAGCAUUCCCAACCAUGAAGCCUACAUUCACUAUGAGUCUUUCAUGUUAGCCAAGAAAAAUGUGACAGUAAGGUUUCGCAGGAGUGUAGACGUUUCCUUACCUAUAAAUACAUUUUGGAGUAAUUUUUCAAAGAGGAUAGAAUCAGAUAAUAGGCUCUUACCAUCAGUGUUUUCUAAAAAGCUUGAUGAUUCUGAAUUUCCAAAUUUUUUCUCUUUACCAGAGGCUUCAGCUUUUUCAUUGAAUAAUUUAUACAAACGUCUAAAAAGGUCAUACAGUGAAAUUCGAUGUCAAUAUCAAAGUAAAACCAGAUGGAAAAUGCAUGUAAUAUAUUUAGCGCAUGGUGAUAAUGAUACAAACAUGUUUACCAAAGAGCGACUUCAGACUGCUCACCAGAUUGAAAAGAGGAUAAUGGAGCAUCCAGAGUUUACAAAUUAUUGUUUACGAGAUCCUUACUUGGCCCAGUUUAUCCCAGCCAUGCAGAACAUGCAAGGCUGUGUGCCUCCAAACUCACUGCUGACUUAUUUCUUCCCAUCAAUGGAUGACCAAGGAAGGAUAUAUUAUGACGAGAUGGGGGCAACUAUUGGGGAUAUUGACAGUGCUCUUAAGCUGGCUAUGAACCAUGAAUCAUUUUACUAUUUUGUAGAUGACAAAAUCAAUAAAACAUACCCCAAAAGCCAGAUGCUGCGGACAGAGAUUUUGUUUGGAGCACCAUUACAUGGGUUUUGUUCAGCAGAUAAGACUAAAAAAGAGGAAGAUGACAAAUUUAGAAACUUUGUUGUGACCUAUAUAAACAAUUUAUCCCAUGCCUCCACAGACAAAGUUCAUGUGCUGUAUGGUGGCAAUGAAAUUUUUGAUUACGAGGUCACUACUACCUUUUGGAAUGACGUUCGCUUGGCAGUCUUCUCACUGGUGGCCAUAUUUGUCCUGAUGCUGGUGCUUUCUUUGUCACCAUUUCUGACAGUUGUAGGGAUGAUCAUCAUAGGAUUGAGCUUCCCCAUCUCCUUGUUUUUUUAUAGAGUUGUGUUUGGCAUUAAUGCCCUUGGGAUCCUGAAUGGAGCAGCUGCUUUUGUAAUUAUUGGUAUAGGGGUGGAUGAUGUAUUUGUCUUCAUCAACAUCUAUCGUCAGGCCUCACAACUUCAGGGCCCAGUUCAGAGAAUUAAGUACACAGUAAGAGUUGCUGGAGUGGCCACAUUCUUCACCUCCUUCACCACAGCCGCUGCCUUUGCUGCCAACUUGGCCUCUUCUAUCCCUGCUGUUCAUGACUUUGGCCUCUUCAUGGCUCUGAUUGUCUCAGCCUGUUGGAUCUCUGUCUUUGUUCUCAUGCCCCCAACACUUUAUCUCUAUGCAUGUUUCUUUGAACCUUUGGAGAUUUGUAUAUACUCGUGUUUGUACUGCUGUGAAAAAAAAGUGGCUGCACCAGAACAUCAGUUGGAAGGCUACACACAGAGUCUGGUUAGUGAGGACAGAGUCUAUGAAGAUGAUGAUGUUCAGAUGCUGGUGAUUGAUGGAAAUGAUCCAGGACUUGUUCAAGGUCAAUGUGAUGAUGAGAUGCUACUGAUGGAUGAUCCAUAUGCCACUGUGGGAGGACGGCUUCUUCUUGUCUCUGAUAGUGAUUCAGUUAGUGGAGAGCACCAAGAAGUGACCAGGCCUGGCAAUAGUGAGCCAGAAAGCAGUGAGAAUGUCUGCAUAGGCAAACUGAUCCACAAGUUGCUUAUGUUUUUGACGGAUAGAAUAAUUAUUCCUGUUAGAUAUGCUGUUAUUGGACUAUGUGCAGUCCUACUGAUAGCUAGCUGUGUGCUGAUGUCACAUCUACAGCCCUCCACACAUCCACCUCAGCUGUUUAGGCCAGACACCAACAUCCAGCAACUGCUUGACCUGAAGGCCAACUUCAGUUUCAUUGACGCCAUACAGUGUGAUAGAUGUUCAGGUUUAUACAAUUUAAAUCAAAGUGCUGGCAGUUCAAGAACAACAUCUCUAAAUAUUAUUUACAAGACAACUGUGCCACCUCCUCCCCUUGUGGGUCCAGAUGGUGAGUCAAGCAAUGAUUUCAUUAACAAGCUGACCAUGACCUUGCUAGCCUACAGCCAGAAAACUGAUUCUGUCCUCAUUCAAAUGGUGUCAUAUACCUUGUACAAGCUGAUUAAUAUUUUUGCAGUCAGUCAGCCUCAUCAGCAGGCACCUCCUACUGACUCUCUGACGACUCUUCAAGUCAAGUCAACCACAUCACAGCCUUGGGGUUGGACUACUCAUUUAAGGACUGCUGCACCUAUCACUCCUCAGCCCUCGCCCAGAACAACAAUUCGGAAUGAUGUACACCCCAGCUCUACACAGCAUGACAACACUGAUGUCGGCACCCAAAAAAUUGGUUCCGUAAAUGCUACAUUCAACCCUUGCUCCCAACAGUCUUGCAAUAAUUUAAAGGAUAGACCCCUUCUUGAGUCUGGGGCCACAGUUUAUGUUGUAUUUGGAGUAACAGGUGUUGAUAGGUCCAGAGAGGAUGUAGGUCAUGUUCUGGACCAGUACAAGAGCACUGCCAAAUUUGAUCCUGCAUUCUCCAAAGCAUUUGAUUUCAACAAUGCCAACAUCAAAGAAUACAUCAAUGAGAUGUGCAAAGUGUGUAAACUCUUGGCUAAUGCCACAGAUCUGGUCAAACCAGGGAGUGCCCAAUGUAUACCAAAUGUUCUGAAACCAAAUGGACAACUCCUGUUGAAUAUAAAUAGAGACAUCCCAGAAUGCUUAGAUCUCCCAGACAGCAGUAUCUCAUUCCAAAGUCAUGCAGUGGCUCAUGCUGAAGGAGGUAUUAACAUUGUACGCAAUCAACUGAUUUGGCUAGCCUUUGCCUUCGAAUCUACUACUUCUGAAGGCCAGGCUUACUUUGAGGCUUAUAAGCAGUACCUCAAGUGGGAAGAACUAAUGUCACAUAUCAAAAACAAUGUACUGUCAGCCAAGUCACCAUUAAAAUCUAUGUUUCAAACAUCUAAAUUCUGGACCAAAGUACUUAUGGAGGUGGUUGCAGUAAACAGUGCCAUUUACGGCCUGGUGUUGUCCAUGAUCAUCUGUAUCAUCUCUGUAGCUAUCUUCACUGGGCAUUUGUUGUUGCUGCUCAUUAUAGUUAUUGCUAUUCUGGUAAUGAUUUGUUGUGUGGUUGGAAUAUUUUAUCUUGCUGGCUGGGAGAUGGGGGCAGUGGAGGCUGUUUCACUGUCCAUUCUAGUUGGUUCAUCCGUGGAUUACUGUGUCCAUCUAGUAGAAGGCUACAUACUGGCUGGCAAAAAAAUGUCCCUUGCUAUGGAUAAGCCUGCUUCUAGUAUUCGACGUGAGCGUACUUCUUAUGCAGUGCGUCAUAUUGGGGUGGCUAUAGUCUGCUCUGCUCUCACUACCAUCAUUGCAGCAGUGCCACUGACCCAGACUUUCAUCCAGCCCUUUGCCAAAUUUGGCUCCAUUUUGCUCAUUAACACUACAGUUUCCUUGGUCAUCACCCUAACCCUGACAGUUGCUUUGCUGGCCACCAUCGCCCCUGCCCGCUACAAGGGAACGUGGAAAUCAUAUGUGAAAGCCACGGUGUUGGUCCUUGUUCUGACUGGUGCCUUUUUUCUUGCCUUGUAUAUAGCCACUGUGGCUGGUGUGACCAUACCUGGACCCUCUGGUCAACCUCUAUUUUCUUGAGGGCAUUAACUCUUAAAUAUACAUAUACUGUGGAUCAGAAAAUUAUAUUAUUAUUUAUAUAUAUUAUUAUAGUGAAAGAAACUAAAAAUUACUUCAAAAGAUUUUAAUACUUGAAACCAAGAUCAAUUUAAUUAGAAGUAGAAGACUUGACAUCAAUUAUUCAAAUGAAUAUCUUGAAGUCAUUCACAAAAUAAACUUUUUGAUCUGAAUUUUAAAGUAAAUUAUCAACUUCUGCUUUUCAGCACUGCAGUAGAAUUAAAAAAAGAAAAAAAAAGGAUAACAACACUUUAUGUUUUGUUUACUUGUACAUCUUUGGAAGGUUUGACCUGAAAUUACUUUUCAAAUGACAGAAAUGCUAAGUAAUUAUAGGUUCUAAAAGAAUUUUUGAAAAAUGUUUCCAAAAAAUAAUUGAUUUUUAAACGAAAUAUUAGUAACAUUCAAAAAAACAAACAAUGUGGCAACUAUUCAGUUUUGGAAUUUUAGUUCAGUAUUUGCCACUUGCAAAUAUAAUUGGGUCACAAUGUUCUUUUUCAACUGUUGACAAAGAAUUCUUUUGAAAAGACAAGGAAACUUAUUUUUUGACACCAUUUCAAAUAUCACUAUAAAAUAAUAUUAUAAGGUAAUAUAUAUACAUAUUUUUUUUUAAAGAAACAUUGAUGCUAAUACAAUUGAUACCAUUACUAAGGGCAUAGUGAUGACAUUUUUUUUUUCGAUAUCCUUAGGACAUCUACAUGCAUUGUAUUUAUCAUUGCUAACUGUAAGAUCCAUACACUGGCUUGAAUUAAUUUGUAUAAUUUUUUUUACAACAUUCCAAAUAAUUAAAUUUCUCAACUAUUGGUAUUUUACAAGUCUAAUUAAAGGAUGACUCAGUACAUUAGCCUUAUUUAAAUACUGUCAAUUUUCUUUUAUUUAAAAAUUAUUUUGAAUGACUUAAUGUAAUGUUGAACUCUCUGUUUUUGAGUACCGGCACUGAACUCAUGAGAUAAAAAUGAUAGUGACCUGAAACCCUUAAAAGCUUGAUUAAUCAAUUUAUCAAAGCCGCAAAGGGUUGUGUUUGAUGAAUUAUGAACUACCAACUUUGUGAUAAAUGUGUAUUGUGUUACCAUGAUACAUUAAUCCUAUGUUGAUAACUAUUAACUCUCUGUUCUGAAGUAUUUGUAUAUUGGUUAACUAACUUUUUUUUUUACAGCCUGUAUAUAAAAGAGAGUGCAUUGUUUGUAUGUUUGUUUCUAUAUCAUUUUGUUUGUAACACUUGACAAGACAAAUCUCCACACACCACUGCAUCUCUUUUGUUUCUCUACUAUUAGAUUAUAGUACACAAAUCUUUAUGCAAGUCUUCAAUAGCUUUAUUCUUGUUAAUUUGAAUGUAAUUUGAAGGUUUUAUUUUAGAAUCUCUCUCUUUUUUUUUUUAAAUUUAUAAAGUUCUGCCUGUAUAUAAUUAUUUUUUGGUAAUUAAUGUAAAAGCUUGGUGAAUGGUAAAUGAUGGCAGACUGGAAAAGCACAUGACUUCCAUACCAAGGGUGUCUUGAGUCAAAUCACUUUGAAAUCUGGGUAGAAAUCUGGGAUUUUUUAAUUACUGUAAGGAGGUUGGUCAUUGUGCUGGCCACUUGACAACCUUGUUUACUGUCUGCCAUAAAAACAGAUGAGCUUUACAUGAUCUGCUCCAUAGAUUGCUAGGUCGGAAAAAUGGGUAGUUUUACUUUUGAAAGGUGAAAGUUAUUCUAAGGGAAUCAAUUUAUGGAAGAAAAAAAAAGAAAGUUGAUGUUCUUAUUCUGGUUCUUCUUGUUGUUCUGCUGUGUGUUAGAAAUAAAUGACAUGAUACCAUGGGUCACAACUUGAUCAUCUCAAUGUUUAGUCUAAGAUUUUGUCUUUCACCUUCUUCUAUACACACACACAUAUAUACAUAUAUAUAUAUAUGUGUGUGUGUCUGUGUGACAUUGCUUUCAGACAAUUCUCUAUCUUAGCAUACUGACUUAUUCAGCUGUUGUCACAAUUUUUGUCCUGAGUCUCACAUGACUUUUUCUGUUUUUCAAAGAUUGCCAUAUUUUUGUGUAGAUAUUUUUUCUCAUGCUUUUUUAAAGUGCUUUUUAUCUAUAGUAUAGGAUACCCUGGCAGAGGAUCAUUUUAACAAGGAAUGAAAUCACUGAUCUCAUUGUUUUUCUUGUAAAAGCAAAAUACUUCCCUAUUAUAGAAUUAUGUAAAAGUGUAGUGGGAAAAUAGUUAUCUCCAUUUCAGUUUCAGUUAUUGAAGUUUUUGUAUUUGUUUAUAGAUUUUUAAUGCCCAGAAUUUUUGUUUUCAAGUCAUUGUGACUUUUCCAAAAAUGUACGUAGACUUUGCCAAACUGUAAAUGAUGAUGAGUUGAGCAUAGCAUUAGAAGAGUGUUAGCCUAAGUUUUAAUAAUUUGAGUACAAUUAGAUGGAUUGAAAUGAGAGGAGGUAAUAAUUUGUAUUCUAAGUGACAUGAUACUUAUCUAACAUCCAUCUUCAUAGUUCAUGUAAAAAACUCAGUUUGUCUAGCAUUUAUGUAGCUUUAGGUAAGCAUGUUUCUAUGAAUUCAACAAAAAAAAAAAAUUUUGGCCAUUAUUUUGUAGAAUUCAUAGGCACACCUGUGGCUUAGUCAAGGGGCUCCAUUACACAAUAACACUUGAUCAUCUUGUGCAACAUGAAGAUGUUAGUUUAUAUUUCUGUACUUAUCAUUGCAGACAUACACAUUAUUUUUUUUUUCAAAUGUGACUCUUGAAUCAAGUUGUCUUUCAUAUUCUACAUAUUGAUGUAUCAUAGAUGUUAUAAUUUCUCUCUAUGCCUUGUAUUAUCUGUCUUUGCUAGUUUAUUAAGUUUGUUUCCUUUAAACCAUAUUGAUAGUACACCACAGUCUUGGAAGACUAAAAUUUAGGAAAUACAAAAGGAAAAAAAAAAUGUUUCCAGAACAUUUGGAUUUUGUUUAGCAUUGAAAGGAUUAAUGUCUUGUCCCAAUGCCAACUUAAUCUUUGCUGUCAAUUCUGUCCAAGUAAGCACUCACAAUGUGGUAGAGUUUAGAGUUUAUAAGUCUCUGUGGCAUUUUAUGUCUUUUGGGGGAUACUCUUUUCCCUUUGCAACUUGUUGUGUGACUAAAGAGGCCAAUCCUUGAAACACAGCUGUGGUCACAGGUCAACACUGAAUGCAUCCAAUGAACUCUUGCAGGGUGUUAUGUAUAGUCUUCAAAUAGUGGAGAAGUGUCAGCUGUCCCUUUUUCACUCAACACAUCCAUUCAUCAAACUUGGUACCUUUGAUUUGUAGCUGGUGGAAUAUAGCAUAAUAAAUGUCUGUCCAAAGCAUCACUAGAAGAUGUCUACCUUAGGGUUGUAGAGAUGAUUUCCUGUAGGCUUAGUUUUAGAACAGAAAGUAACAGCAAGGCAUUUUGUUUUUCUAAAUGUGAUGUUAGUGUUAAUGUCUUUUAAUGAUUUGUUACAUUUAAUUUUAUACUUGUUUUAAUGUGGACUAAUAAGAAAUCUAAAAAUUAUAAAAACGUAGAUCUAAUACUGAUGUGAAAUGUUUUUUUGUGAAAACAAACUGUAUAGGUAUUAUACUUAAUUAAAUUUUGAAUCUGAACAAAACAAAAAUAUCAAAAAAAAUUUGUUUUGUUUGUAAAUUACUGAUUUGAUCAAUGCUGUUGUUUACUUAAGAAUGAUGGGUUUAAUAAUAAAUGUUUUAUUUGAUCUUCA